AUGGCAAAGAUAGAUGUAAAUCGGCAAGAUUUUAACUUUGUUAUCGAUGAUGAUGUCGUUUAUAACCACAUUCUUGAGGGUCAAGUGUUUCAAAGAUUGACAGUUUCUAGGCCCCCCCAGUGUCACGUGAAGUGCAAAGAUAACUGCCUGUGUGUAUCCUUGAACUAUUUCCCUCAGUCCAAAGAAAGUAAUUGUGAGCUUAACGAUGCUAACAAAUACACGGAGCCAGCGGCAAUGAAAUGGAGAGAUGGAGGAAAUUAUUAUGAUUUGGUGAGAAGCUACACAGUGAAGUGCAUCAACAGAUGCUGCAGCCCCAAUCCUUGUCUCAACGGAGGAGUAUGUCAGGAGAUUUGUGUCACUCACAGCGUCCGGUUUUCCUGUGGCUGUCCUAACAAAUAUACUGGUCAGCGAUGUGAAAAGAUUAAACCGAAUAGUUGUAAGGACAUCGCAAAAUACGGUGCUUCGACUUCAGGAAAGUACGAGAUCUUUGAUUCAAACAAUGAACCCUUUUCUGUCUACUGUGACUUGAAGUCUGAACCAGGCUUUGUAUGGACAAUGAUAGAAUCGUUUUCCUUGGCUGAAAGAAAGACCUUCAUGGAUAAAGGGUUCAACAAAAACUUUGAGUUUGUUAUUGAAAAGGGGAAAGGGAAUUGGAACAGGUACCGACUAUCCUUAUUACAAAUGCAGUCUCUUGCUGAUCAUUCUACACAUCUGAGAGCAACUUGUAACUUUCCUACAGAUGGUCUGCAUUAUGUAGACUACGCACGUGCAAAGCUGACAGAUCACGACAUUUUUGGUAACUGGAACAGAUGUCAGAUGUAUGAAUAUGUUAACAUCCGAGGAAACAAUUGUUCUAAUUGUACCGCCCUGACAAAACAGAACGUAAAUGUACAUUGGCACAUAAAGAGUUACAAAAGCAAAGAAGAAGGAUGUGCAUUUGAUGGAAAACCAGGUGCAAUCAAGGGAGAAAAAAAUUUCGGACAGUAUCUUGAUAUACAAAGGAAUCCAAAUCAUCGUUGCUCGUCAUCAGAUACUUCUACAACGCAGCAUUGGUUUGGAGCUAAAUAUGAUGUAUAAAUUUCUAUGGAUUUAUUUCCUUCUUCAGAAAAGGCAAGCCGGACAACCCAUGUAAGAAACCAUUGGAGCAAGGCUAUGAACCAACUUUGACGUCAUGGAACUUCAAGUGAGUUGCACCUUUGGUGUUAAACUUGAACUGAAUGUUUAAAUCUGUCAGAUAUUAAUACUGACUCUUUAUCACUGAGGAAUGUAAACGUACACGAGAGCUACGUUAUAUGCAACUUAUGAUAUCUUUUCCAUGUUAUCAACGUUGAAUUUUGUGUCUUAAGGCGGUCUCUCUGUGAGCACUUUAAUUUUUAGCCGAUAUCAGGGGGAAAAACUAUGUGCCAUAAAUUUUAAAAUUUUAAAGUGUAAGGGUGAAAGAUGUUCUCGUCUCAGGUAUUGUUGUGAUUACAAACAACCCAAUUAAUCUACCCUCCCCUCUCCUUCCCCAAAAAAAAAGUAAAGAAAGAAAAUGGAUGUGAGGCCGCUCAAUGUGUGAUGGGUGUGUCAGGAGAUUUGUGACACUCACAGGUUUAUCAGAACCUUUCCUGAAAAGUGAAAUAGUCAAAAGUUUAAAGACAUUUAAAAACGGCAUCCUUGCCUUUGUUUAGCUACACUGUCCAAGUCAUUCAACCAUUUUCUCUUUGCUGAUAAUUGAAAAUUAAUUUCGUCUUUUUCAGUUUGAUUAUUAAUAAAUCAAGCUCUAAGU